UACUAAUUAGUGGCAAUUAGCGCACAGGUGUGUUGGCAGGAAGCCUACCUACAAAGAUACCGCUGCUGUUCCCUCUGCCCCAGUGUGUUGGUGCGCAGAGAGAAACUCUUAUCUGACAUGCAUUUGAAACGAACAGGAUACUGCUUCGGUGUCCUCAUUUACACCAUCACGACCAUAACCUUCCCCUCAGUGGGCCGGUGUGAGCCCUCCGUUCAUUCCUCCCACCCGACCGCUCACCCGUCUCUGCACAAUGACGGGAGCAGCGUUGUGACGACAGAAGGCCUCCCUCACCCCUCUGAGCGAGAGGGCAGAGAGCGGCUACAGCUCGACUCGAGGCGGGGAGAAGAGUCGAGACGUCUCCCGUACUUUCACAACUUGGAAAACGGGGACCGGACACGGUCCGACACCUCCGGACUGACGCCCAAACUCACAAUGGCGUCUACGUCCGCUGACAAAAGCUUCAAAAACCGUAACAAACCGAAGCGAAGCGACGCCCCAAAUGAAUAUUGUGGCAAAGGGAAAAUUGAGCAUGUUGUUCCCGGCGCGUUUUAUAUUACUGGUCAACUGGAAACGAGCCUUCAUGUGGGCGACCAGGCAGACUCUGCUGCUUCAGUCCAAGCUCAGGGAGGCCGGGAGAGGGUCAGAGGUCAGCGGCUCAACGGCUCAGAGGAGAGCUGGCACAGGCUGCACCCCGUGGUGCAGUGCGGAGACGACGCCAUGACCCUCACUGUCAGGAGGAGACGAGCUGUCCAGCUACAGCUGGACCGAGUGAACGAGUCCUCCGUGCCGCUGUCCCAGCUGCCACCUCAGUGUGGCUUCUCUGUUCAGACCACAUUGAGAGACCUCAGUCUGAUGGCUCAGUAUGAUGCCUGCCAUGUCACACAGGAGGUUGACGGCUAUGCGUUGCCUCUGCUGUGGAGGGGGACGCCAGUCAAGAUGUCCUGCCCAGCCCCUCAGAUCCAGCUUCAGGCCGGGGGCCCUUCCUCCCUCUGCUGCUCCCCGCUCGGUAUGACCGUCAAAGUGCAGGGACUCCAUGCUACAGAGGAGCUGAGGGUAAAUGUCCGAGGGAAAUGGACCCGUCUGGUGGAGUUAGCUGAGCUGUGUGGCUACACACUGGACAGACGAGAUGCAGAGAUUAUAAUCGCUGCUCCGUUCAUUACCUGUGGCGUCGCAGUAAAGGAUGGAAACCACACACUUUCUCUUCAGAUAGGAGAGCAGACAUUCACGCUGACCUGUCCUGUCUCUCCCCCUGAAGAACUCCCCCUGACCCAUCAGCCUGUGGUCAACAGCCCUCAUCAUCUAACCAGAGGGCCAGCAGAGCACAUGCCAGAAUCCCUGGAGCCACUUCCAUGGGCUCCACCGUUCUACCUGGCCCCACCUUACUAUCCCCACCCUACGUAUCGCCACAAGUAUCCUAGUCCUGAGAGACGCACUGCAGUUAACCCUCCUUCUCCCUCAUCUCUGACUCCUGACCCUACAUUCGGUCCUCAGCCUCUCCCUGCCAUUGAUUCCCAGCCAGACUAUCGGAACCACUACUCUCACCUGAUUCCUGUCAGGGAGUCUUAUAAACAUUUUGGUGUCCACAGUUCUCUGUCAUCUGCAGAUGAUACGGAUGAUUCAGGUCGGGCGUAUCCAGAACUGCCUCUCCAGCCCUCCAGCCAUGCCUUCAAUCCAUACUAUCACUACUACCAUCACCCUAAAAUCCCUCUUCCUGGCCCACCUCAAGACCCUGAUCCAGGUCCUGAGGUUCCCAGAGAACUGUCUUUAACUAAUCCUAAUAACCCUGAAAAUCCGGUGUUUCCCACCAACCUGCAGCAGUCCGAGGCUCUCCGCAGAAUUAACUCGCACCAGUUCCUUCAGCCCGAGCCUAAGGCUGCCUCUCCUCCUUACACCCUUCCAACUAGUCCUCCCAAAGCCUCUGCACUGUAUACACCUCACCUGCCACAGCCCUAUCCGUACCACUCCUAUUACUUUCCACAUAUUGCAUGGGGCGAGGCCGAAAGAUUGGCUCCUCUCAAUCCCGACACAGCUGCAGAAACCAAUUUGUCUGAUAAUCCAAAUUCAAAACCCAGCACCGUCGUUCAUGACGGAUUCAACUUAAAUACUGAUGGUGAUUCUCAAAACCUUCAAAAAAGCAGGCCAGAAGUAAAAGCAGAGCUGGAUGACAGAAAGAGACUCUCUGCCCCCGUGACCCCAGCAGUCCAACCUUUCCUCCCCCCCACUCCCCCUCCUGGACCCGACGCUGCUGCAGCUCCUCGUCCUGAACAACCCUCCUUCCCCACUCCAUCACCCUACCAUAAUCCUCCUCCUUACCCAUUCUACUACCACCCUUAUUAUCGCUACUAUCAGAUGUAUUAUGGACCUGAGAGUUUACUCGGCAUUGACCAUCGCGGGUCUCCGACUUCCUCCAAAGAAGCUUUAGAUUUAGAGCAUCUGCCUCCAGCGUCUUCCUCCCCGCCUCAGCAUCCCUCCUAUCCAUAUCCUCAAACCUCUACUCCACCUACAGAAUCGGCGUAUGAUGCUCACAAUGACCCCCUACAUCCUUACUAUUAUUAUUAUUAUUCCCCUCAUAACACCCGGGAACAUCAAUAUGAUGCUGUUGGACGUCCUGGUGGCGAAAAAGCAGAAGAGAGGCUGGAUAAUGAAAUGAAAGAUCAGCUCAAGGCCGAGCCGUUCUCUGCCUCACCCCGGGGCCUUGGCCCUGUGUCAGAUUUCGACUGCCGCGUCUCUCUGGGCUGCUGCUCGUACCCUGUGAAGGACUGUACAAUGGGACAGCAUUUCAUCUUUGCGCUGCCGGACUCUGUGGUGGAGCCCACAGUGGCCCCCCCUGCUCAUCCCUCUGAGCUCAGCCAUGUGUCCUGCACACCGCAGAAGCUGACCUCUGACCGGGACAUCUACACCGUCCCCCUGGACGGCUGUGGAGUAAGCAAACACGCGUUUGGUCAGACAGUGGUUCAUCUGUUGGAAGUCCAUGGUAUCCACUCUUUUCAACGAGACCACAGCUCUGAGCUCGAGAACUCUCCUGUCAGGCUGAUGGUGGAAUGUAGCUCCUCCCCGGGUUCUCCAGGUGAAGUGAAGCUCCAUGUGAUGGGUCAACCUCCUCCACCUCCUGUUCACUCUACACCAGCCACUGUCGCUGUGCUACUGAGAAUUGCCACAGACGAGUCCUUCACCAGCUUCCACCCCGAGGCUCACCUGCCUCUCAGCCUCCUGCGAGGCAGACCAGUCUAUAUGGAGGUGAGCCUGCUGGACCCCCCCGAGCCCGGCCUGGUGCUGCUGGUUCACUCCUGCCUGGCUUACUCUCAAGCUCCAUACGCCAGCUGGAUGCUGGUCUAUGAUGGCUGUCCCAGCCGAGGUGAUUCAGAGCCGCUUCCUUCGCCACGCCCUGACCCCCACCACAUCCGGAGGUUCACUAUCUCUGGCUUCCUGUCUCUGCACUCAGAAAGUCCCCCAUACAUGGCUGAAGGAGGAUACUCUCACCUGGAGGACCCAGAGAUCUACUUCUUGUGCUCGACAGAAGUGUGCUCUGCUGCAGAUGGUGACUGCACUGUACGCUGCAUCAGCAACUUGUGGGUUCCAGACUUGGAAAGUCUAACUCAACAAAGAACUAUUGUCCCUCCAACAAUAAGUCUGUGAUCCACUGAGAAUCUACACUAAAGCUGCACAGAUGGAUUCCUGUUGAAUGUCCCAACAGUGACGCGUGAGCAAUGAAAUAAACACUCUUACAC